UUUUACACACACAGUUCUCAGCAGCUUGGUCAGUGAAGUAGAGGACAGUAGAGGAGGAGGAUAGAGAGAAGCAGAGGAGGACAUACCAGAGGGAGAAAGAGAGAGCGAGCUCUGCAGCAGGAUCCCCACCGUGCUGAGCACAGGACUGCGUGACUGGUCUGUGCUGGGUGAGGGGGAGGGGAGGCAUAUCAGUGCAACACAGCCUUACUGGAUGAGUAGCAGCAGUAACACUAGCAGCAUCUCAUUUGUGGCUGCUGGGGGCUCGGUCUCACACACACAGGCGCUCCCAGCGCCACCGUCACACACACGCAGUGGCAGCCACAGCCGUCGUUAGAGCCUGGGCUGGGGCAGGGACGGGGACCGCUACUGUGACGACUGGAGCUACGGUGAUAGCAGCUGCUGCACCAUGGCACAAGCCGCCAAGCAGCUACGCAAGAACAAGGACCUAGCGGAGCUCGCAGCUCAGGAGCUGAAGGAUAAGGAGGAGGAGAAGAACAAGAAGAGGAAUCGAUCGAGGGACCGAAGACGCAAGGCGGAUGCUGCCACCAGUUUCCUCCGUGCGGCCCGUUCAGGGAACCUGGACAAGGCUCUGGACCACAUCAAGAAUAGAAUAGACAUCAACACAUCCAAUCAGAAUGGGCUCAACGGUUUGCAUCUGGCCUCGAAAGAAGGCCACGUCAAGAUGGUCCUGGGGCUACUACACGCUGGCAUUGUCCUGGAGACCACAACUAAGAAAGGGAACACUGCCCUCCAUAUCGCUGCGUUGGCAGGCCAGGAGAGAGUGGUGGCUGAGCUCGUCAACUAUGGAGCCAAUGUCAAUUCCCAGUCACAGAAAGGCUUCAGUCCCCUAUACAUGGCUGCACAAGAGAACCACUUAGAUGUAGUAAAGUUUCUGCUAGAGAACGGAGCCAAUCAGAGCCUUCCAACAGAGGAUGGGUUCACACCACUGGCAGUGGCUCUUCAGCAGGGUCAUGAGAACGUGGUGGCCCUGCUCAUCAACUACGGCACCAAGGGCAAGGUCCGUCUGCCCGCCCUGCACAUCGCUGCACGCAACGACGACACACGCACUGCCGCAGUGCUGCUGCAGAACGACCCUAACCCUGACGUCCUCAGCAAGACUGGCUUCACUCCUCUCCACAUUGCGGCUCACUAUGAGAACCUGAGUGUGGCCCAACUGCUAAUAAACAGAGGCGCCAAUGUCAACUUUACUCCCAAGAAUGGUAUCACCCCCCUACACAUAGCCUCCAGGAGGGGUAAUGCGAUCAUGGUUCGACUUUUGCUGGACAGAGGGGCCCAGAUAGACGCCAUGACCAAGGAUGAGCUGACCCCUCUGCACUGUGCGGCCAGGAACGGUCAUGUCAGGAUCAUCGAUCUCCUGCUGGACCUGGGGGCUCCCAUCCAUGCCAAGACCAAGAAUGGCCUGUCCCCCAUCCACAUGGCAGCCCAGGGAGACCACAUGGACUGUGUGAGGCAGCUCCUCCAGUACAACGCCGAGAUCGAUGACAUCACGCUGGACCACCUGACCCCUCUACACGUGGCGGCCCACUGUGGUCACCACCGCAUGGCCAAAGUGCUGCUGGACAAGGGGGCCAAGGCCAACGCACGUGCACUGAAUGGGUUUACUCCCCUCCACAUUGCCUGUAAGAAGAACCACAUGCGCUCCAUGGACCUUCUGCUGAAACACUCUGCCUCCCUGGAGGCCGUCACAGAGUCUGGUCUGACUCCUCUUCAUGUAGCAGCCUUCAUGGGGCACCUGAACAUCGUGAAGAACCUGCUCCAUAGAGGAGCUUCACCCAACGCCUCCAAUGUGAAAGUGGAGACGCCCCUCCACAUGGCAUCCAGGGCAGGCCACUGUGAGGUGGCUCUGUUUCUGUUGCAGAACACAGCACAGGUGGAUGCCAAGGCUAAGGAUGACCAGACCCCUCUCCACUGUGCGGCCCGUAUGGGACAUAAGGAGCUGGUCAAGCUGCUCCUAGAGCACAUGGCCAAUCCCGACUCUGCUACCACCGCUGGCCACACCCCCUUACACAUCGCCGCCCGCGAGGGACACACCCACACCAGCCGCAUCCUCCUGGACGGGGCGGCCCAACAAACCAAGAUGACAAAGAAAGGCUUCACUCCUCUCCAUGUGGCCUGUAAGUAUGGCAAGGUGGAUGUGGUUGAGCUGCUGCUGGAGAGAGGAGCCAACCCCAACGCGGCUGGAAAGCAGAAUGGCCUGACUCCUUUACAUGUGGCCGUCCAUCACAACAAUCUGGAGGUGGCCAAGCUGCUGGUUAGCAAGGGAGGCAACGCACACAGCACUGCCAGGAAUGGCUACACUCCCCUGCACAUUGCAGCCAAGCAGAACCAGUUGGAGGUGGCUGGCUGCCUGCUGCAGUACGGAGCCUCUGCCAACGCUGAGUCCCUCCAGGGGGUCACGCCCCUCCACCUGGCCUCCCAGGAGGGCCGGCCGGACAUGGUGGCCCUGCUCAUCUCCAAACAGGCUAACGUCAACCUGGGGAACAAGAAUGGACUGACCCCUCUGCACCUGGUGGCCCAGGAAGGUCACGUAGGGAUAGCAGACACCCUGGUCAAACAGGGGGCAUCAGUCUACGCAGCCUCACGGAUGGGCUACACAGCGCUUCACGUGGCCUGUCACUAUGGCAACAUCAAGAUGGUGAAGUUCCUCCUGCAGCAGCAGGCUCAUGUGAACAGCAAGACCAGAGUGGGCUACACUCCCCUGCAUCAGGCCGCCCAGCAGGGUCAUACUGACAUCGUUACCCUGCUGCUCAAACACGGAGCCCAGCCCAACGACAUCACCACUAAUGGGACUUCUCCUCUGGGCAUCGCCAAGCGUCUGGGUUACAUCUCUGUCAUUGAUGUGCUGAAGUUGGUCACAGAGGAGGCUGUUUCCGUGAUCACCACAGAGAAACAUCGGAUGAGUUUCCCUGAGACAGUGGAUGAGAUAUUGGACAUUUCAGAGGAUGAGGGCAUUGCAGCGCUAACAUUAGGUGAUGAGUUGCUGGGGAUGGAUGGUGCUCGCCACCUGAAGCUUGACGACCUCAAGGACCAAGAUGAUGAAUUCCUGUCCCCUAAGAAGACCCUGAGAGACUUUGAGGGUGGACUGGGUACCACGCCAUACUCUCCUGCUAUUCCCAGAAUCCCAUGCGUGUCCCCUGAGACCGUCCUGCUGGAGGGGCACACCCCUGUCCCCCUGCCUAAGGACUAUGAUGAGGACUCUCUGAUCCCCAGCAGUCCUGCUACAGAGACCUCUGACAACGUCAGCCCAGUGGCCAGCCCUAUACACACAGGGUUCCUGGUCAGUUUCAUGGUGGAUGCCCGGGGGGGCUCCAUGCGUGGCAGCAGACACCACGGGCUGCGUGUCAUCAUCCCCCCUCGGACCUGUGCAGCCCCUACCCGUAUCACCUGUCGUCUGGUCAAACCCCAGAAACUCACCACCCCUCCCCCGCUAGUGGAGGGAGAGGGCCUGGCCAGCCGUAUCAUCUCCCUGGGGCCCUCCAGUAUGCAGUUCUUAGAGCCAGUGAUAGUGGAGAUUCCGCACUUUGCUGCUCUGGGUCGAGGGGACCGGGAGCUGGUGGUUCUGCGCAGUGAGAACGGAUCUGUCUGGAAGGAGCAUCGCAAUCGCUAUGGCGACGAGGUGCUGGAGACCAUUUUGAAUGGCAUGGAUGAAGACCUGGAGAGUCACGAGGAUUUGGAGAAGAAAAGAAUCCGCCGAAUCAUCUCCACUGACUUCCCCCUCUACUUCGCUGUGGUGUCCCGCAUCCAGCAGGAGAGCGACCUGAUUGGCCCAGAGGGAGGUCAGCUGACCAGUAACCUGGUCCCUCAUGUCCAGGCCAUCUUCCCUGAGACAGCGGUCACCAAGAGAGUUCGGCUGGGGCUGCAGGCUCAGCCGAUCCCAGACGAGCUGCUGACUCAACAGCUUGGUAACCAAGCGACCUUCAGUCCAGUGGUCACGGUAGAGCCACGACGACGCAAGUUCCACCGGCCAAUCGGAUUACGUAUCCCACUGCCCCCUUCUUGGAGGGAGAGUCCACGUGAUGCUGGGGAGGGGGACACCACCAGCCUGCGCCUACUCUGCAGUGUUAUUGGUGGAACAGCACCUGCCCAAUGGGAGGAUAUAACUGGCACCACCAAGCUGAUGUAUGCCAACAACUGCGCCAACUUCACCACCAACGUCUCCGCAAGGUUCUGGCUGGCAGACUGCCCUCGCACGGCCGAGGCGGUGACCUUUGCCAACCUGCUGUACCGGGAGCUGAUGGCAGUUCCCUACAUGGCCAAGUUUGUGAUAUUUGCAAAAAUGAACGAGGCGCGCGAGGGCCGCCUACGCUGCUACUGCAUGACCGACGACAAGAUGGACAAAACCCUGGAGCUGCAUGAGAACUUCAGCGAGGUGGCACGGAGCCGGGAUAUAGAGGUGAUGGAGGGCAUGUCGCUGCACCUGGAGUGCUCUGGGAACCUGGUGCCCGUGAGGAAGGCCACUCAGCAGCCACGUAGCUUCAGCUUCCAAGCCUUCAGAGAUAACAGACUGCCUGUCUCGGUCAAGGUUAGAGACAGCAAUAAGGAGGCAUCUGGGUUCCUUUCUUUCCUACGGAAGUCUACCAAGUAUGAGGACUCCCAGCAUGUGCUGUGUAACCUCAACAUCACCAUGCCACCCUGUGUCAAGGUUGUGGGGAGUGAGGAGCGCAGGCGAACUCUGACCCCACUGGCCCUGAGGGAGCGCUACAGCAUGCUGAACGAGCCCGGUCUCGUGAAUGCCAUGGAGAGGACAGAGCUCAAGAUCUCCCUCAUAUCUGAACAGCUGGGCUUGAGCUGGGCAGAGUUGGCACGGGAGCUGCAUUUUGGUGUGGAUGACAUUAACAGAAUCAGGGUGGAGAAUCCAAACUCCCUCCUGGACCAGAGUUCAGCCCUGCUCAACCUGUGGGCCGGCCGAGAGGGCAAGAGGGCCAAGAUGGAGAGUGUGUAUGGGGCUCUCAAAAACAUUGACCGUUCAGACAUUGUGAGUUCAGUGGAGAGCCAGCCACAGGCAGAGGCCGGGGCCUCAGAGGAUGGGGCCUGCAGACUGGCCGACAGCGACUCCACCCUGCUCUCUUCCAGUGUUAUCAAUGAGAUCACGGACACAGGUCGUCCACCUGUAGUCUACAAGCCAAGAGUUAUUGGGCACCCAUUUUUCAGAAGGGGUUACGGGCUGGUGCAGGAGGAGCUGCUCUCCCCGGCCUCCUUGCAGUACAGCCUGCCCUCUCCACUGGGUGCUGAGCCCUACUGGCAGGAGGUCUCCAGCCUGGAGUGUGCCCCAAUCGCCACCACCGAAGAAGACAUCCUGAUGGAAAUGUCUGACGUGCAGGUGUGGCCCUCGGGGGUCAGCCCCUCCCUGGUCACAGUGGAGGACUCAUCCCUGGAUGGCAGCAGCCGGGCUGAUGACUCAGAGGGGGCCACCUUGACCCUUCCCUUCAGCCUGGGGCGCCCCAGCAGUGGGGCAAGCUGGGCCAGUGGUUCCAUCAUGGGGCUGGAGGAGGAAGAGGAAGGGGAGGUAGAAGAGGUGCGGCAGGAGCCAGCAGACAGGGACAGGGUGAGAGCCAGUGGUGCGGUGCCAAAGGUCAACCUGAAUGGCCAGCUGGGAGGUCAGAGGUCGGAGGGCAGGAGGGUGGAGGUAGCAGCAUCAGUGGCGGGCAGCAGUGUGACUGGAGAAGGAGGAGGAGGAGGAGUAGGGCAGAGUUCAGAGGAAGGGCUUUCUGUUGUUUCAGGACAGCAGGUCUAUGCCCAGCUGUGUGAGAUGUCAGGACUGAGCCGAACCAUGGAGCACAACGGAGACAACAGGGUGUUGGGAGGAAGUGCAUUCCAGCCAUACUUACCCGACAAGGACUCUCUGCAUGGCUGGGCGGGGUUGCAGACACCCAGGCUGCCCCGGCAGAGUGUGGAGACGCUGAUAUUGUUACCAGGGUCACGCGAAGCCCAGGAGGCUAUCUUAACGCCGAUUAAUGUUGAUAAAGAGGACUGUGCUGUUGAGUUUCUGGCUGAGGAGCAGUUUGUGGACGAACAUGGAAAAGUCGUCGCUAGAAAUGUGGGGGUGGAUGUGAGGAAGGGUGCUCAGUCAGUGAAGCGCACCAGUCUGCGGAGAGUAAAACACUGAAACACACGUACCUAGUCCUCAAGGACCCGACAUCCACUGCCAAACUACCCUCCACAAACACAAAGUCAGGUAACAGAGGGAAAUGAGGAAAAUAUUGAGAGGAGAGAAGAGGGAAUGAAGACUGAUAGAAAGACUAAGAUCUGCAAACAACAAAUACAAACACAAAACCAUCUGCAGAACGACCCUGGAGUUCCACAGCAAGAGGAAAAAAGACAGAGAUAUACUUGUAGUUUUGUAACAUUUUUUUUAAAGAAAAAGAUACUAAACUAGAGUAGAGCAUGAUUUUUUUUUCUAUGAAAAACAUGACAAAAUCCAACCCCCAAAAAAUGCAACAAAAAAGUGCUUCCUGUCAACUGUAACCGCAUGAUUGACUGAUGGUGCAUGACCUUUGAACUGUCAUUAUCUACAAACUGAAGGGGUACAAGGUACACGGCCGACCCAGGACUGGGUCAGGGGUGAGUUUAAGGAUACCUUUUCCCCCAAAAGGGAGUGGUUUGUGUCAGCAAGUUGAGUCUGGUAACACUACAGCCAAAAAAGUGAAGUAUAUUUUUCCCACAACUGAUUGGUACGAUGCAGCGAAGCCAAUGCUGAGCCUACCAAUGCUUCAUUCACUUGGACCCUGUUUCCCUGUUAUUCUAUGUGAUAUAUUCUCUAUGCUUUGUCGAUGUGUGUCUGUGUGUGUACCUUUACUGCUCGUGUUCUCUCGCUUCAGGCUUGGCACUGAGAAUUGUCCUGGUUGGUCGGUGCUCCUGUGAUGUCACGGCGUGCUCAGUGUGGGAAUGAGAAAACCACUGUUCUCCCCUGCUCGUGAGCGUCUGUCUGCUUGUGCCGUCUUUCCUUUGUGAAUGCGCUUCUUGUGUUUCUUGAGUGUUGUCAACCCCAGUUCCAUUUUGUCUAACUUUGAUAGGGAAUCACUUUCUCCCCCUGUUUUACUCAGACAAAGUUUUACUUCAGAUAUGGUUAGUUGACUGAUAGCAUUGUGUGGCAGCCAGUGGACUCUAAGAUUCUUACCCAACACAUCCCUGAUUUACAGUAGCAUGAUGUGCCCUUCCCCUCAUACCACCCUCGCCUCCAAUACGUUGACACCACACUCCUCUCCAUCAACUCCUGUAGCUCCAACUUAUGUCUCUAGCCUAUCAGCUUCAACCUUUGCUCUCUCUCUCUCUCUUUUUCUCUCAUCCUCUCUGUUUGCUUUGGCUGUAGCACCUCAUGGCUUCGUUCUUUUAUGGUUCACAUUAGAUUGCGCUUUCGGUUUUAGGGGGUGAAGAAGAUAUGAAUGAACAGUGUGGAUAAUCAUAUUUAUGGGAACAAGAUGGAGGUAUAUGUGGAAGUUUAGAUGAGAUUCUAGAGACUGGCGUAGCUAAUCAAGUAAGGACAUACUGACAGAUAGCACUGUGACCGCUCAACUUAACACUGACCCCUGAGCCCAUGUACCUUGUACUGUGAACUUACACACACACACACCUCAUACAUGCAUACAUACAAACACACACAUAACCAUUAUACACACUCGCACAUAUCACUAAUACACACAUGCACAUACAGUAAUUGAUCUAUUGUGCCCUAGUUGUUAUGAGAAGCCAGGUCAGGCUCAGAUGAUGUACUUUGGUAUCUGCCACAGCAAUAAUAUCCGACAAGGAGAACACAGAGGGAUAUAUACAGUUGAAGUCGGAGGUUUACAUACACUUAGGUUGGAAUCAUUAACUUGUUUUUCAACCACUCCACACAUUUCUUGUAGAUUAUUUCACUUAUAAUUCACUGUAUCACAAUUCCAGUGGGCCAGAAAUGUAUAUACACUAAGUUGACUGUGCCUUUAAACAGCUUCGAAAAUUCCAGAAAAUUUAGAAGCUUCUGAUAGGCUAAUUAACGUCAUUUGAGUCAAUUGGAGGUGUACCUGUGGAUGUAUUUUAAGGCCAACCUUCAAACUCAAUGCCUCUUUGGAAACAUCUCAAGACAUCAGUCAGCAAGUUAAAGCUUGGCCGCAAAAUGGGUCUUCCAAAUGGACAUUGAGACCAAGCAUACUUCCAAAGUUGUGGCAAAAUGGCUUAACCUCUCUAGGGUAUGUGCAUCCCACCUGGCCAACACCCAGUGAGAUUGCAGAGUGCCAAAUUCAAAUACAGAAAUACUAAUUGUAAAAAUUCAGAAAACAAAACAUAUUUUACAUAGGUUUAAAGAUGAACUUGAAUGAUGAAUCCAACCACGGUGUCAGAUUUUUAAAAUGCUUUACGGUGAAAGCAUACCUUACGAUUAUUUGAGAAGAUAGCCCAGCAGACAAAUCAUUACAAACAGAAACCAGCCAAGUAGAAGAGUUACCCAAGUCAGAAAUAGAGAUAAAAUUAAUCCCUUACCUUUGAUGAUCUUCAUAUGGUUGCACUCAGAAGACAUUAAUUUACUCAAUAAAUGUUCCUUUUGUUCGAUAAAGUCUCUUUAUAUCCAAAAAUCUCUGUUUUGUUCGCAUGUUUUCUUCAGUAAUCCACAGGCUCAAAUGCAGUCAAAACAGGUACACAAAAAAAUCCAAAUUGUAUCCGUAAAGUUCAUAGAAACAUGUCAAAUGAUGUUUAUAUUCAAUCCUCAGGUUGUUUUUAGCCUAAAUAAUCGAUAAGAUUUCAACCAGACAAUAACUUUGUCAAUAUAAAAGGUAAACAACAAAUGCACUCUCUCUGGUAGCGCGCAUGAAAAAGCUCUGUGACACAGCAGGGUCCACUCAUUCAGACUGUUCUUACUCCCUCAUUUUUCAGAAUACAAGACUGAAACCAUUUCUAAAGACUGUUGACAUCUAGUGGAAGGCAUAGGAACUGCAAGUCCUAAGUCAAUGGAUACUGUAAUGGCAUUGAAUAGAAAACUACAAAACCAACAAACAAAAAACUACUUCCUGAAUGGAUUUUUCUCAGGUUUUUGCCUGUCAAAUCAGUUCUGUUAUACUCACAGACACGAUUUUAACAGUUUUGGAAACUCUAGCGUGUUUUCUAUCCAAAUCUAUAUGCAUAUCAUAUCUUCUGGGCCCGAGUAGCAGACAGUUUAAUUUGGGCAUGCUUUUCAUCCAAAAUUCAGAAUGCUGCACCUUACCCUAGAGAAGUUAAGGACACCAAAGUCAAGGUAUUGAAGUGGCCAUCACAAAGCCCUGACCUCAAUCUUAUAGAAAAUAUGUGGGCAGAACUAAAAAAAGCAUGUGUGAGCAAGGAGGCCUACACACCUGACUCAGUUACACCAACUCUGUCAGGAGGAAUGGGCCAAAAUUCACCCAACUUAUUGUGGGAAGCUAGUGGAAGGCUACCCGAAACGUUUGACCCAAGUAAAAAAAUGUAAAGGCAAUGCUACCAAAUACUAAUUGAGUGUAUGUAAACUUCUGACCCACUGGGAAUGUGAUGAAAUAAAUCAUUCUCUCUAUUAAUAUUCUGACAUUUCACAUUCUUAAAAUAAAGUGGUGAUCCUAACUGACCUAAGACAGGGUAUUUUGAUAGGAUUAAAUGUCAGGAAUUGUGAAAAACGGAGUUUAAUUGUAUUUGUCUAAGGUGUAUGUAAACUUUCGACUUCAACUGUAUAUACAGUAUACUGUGUGUGUGUGUGCGUAUAUAUAUAUAUAUGUGUAUGUAUGUAUGUGUGUGUGUGUGUGUACCAGUCAUUUUGAACACGCCUACUCAUUCAAGGGUUUUUCUUUAUUUGUACCAGUUUUUACAUUGUAGAAUAAUAGUGAAGACAUCAAAACUAUGAAAUAACACAUAUAGAAUCAUGUAGUAACCAAAGUGUUCAACAAAUAAAAAUAUAUUUUUGAUUUUACAUUCUUCAAAGUAGCCACCCUUUGCCUUGAUGAAAGCUUUGCACACUCUUGACAUUCUCUCAACCCGCUUCACCUGGAAUGCUUUUCCAACAGUCUUGAAGGAGUUCCCACAUAUGCUGAGCACUUGUUGGCUGGUUUUCCUCCACACUGCGGUCCAACUCAACCCAAACCAUCUCAAUUGGGUUGAGUUCAGCUGAUUGUGGAGGCCAGGUAAUCUGAUGCAGCACUACAUCCCUCUCCUUCUUGGUCAAAUAGCCCUUACACAGCCUGGAGGUGUGCUGGGUCCUUUUUCUGUAAAAAAAAAAUGAUAGUCCCACUAACGGUAACCAGAUGGGAUGGCAUAUUGCUGCAGAAUGCUGUGGUAGCCAUGCUGGUUAAGUGUGCUUCGAAUUCUAGAUCAAUCUCAGACAGUGUCACCAGCAAAGCACCAUCACACUUCCUCCUCCAUGCUUCAUGGUGGGAACUACACACGCGGAGAUCAUCCGUUAACCUACUCUGCUUCUAACAAAAACAUGACGGAUGGAACCAAAAAUCUCAAAUUUAGACUAAUCAGACCAAAGGGCAGAUUUCCACCGGUCGAAGUCCAACAAGGUGCACUUGUUAAUUGAAAUUCAUUCCAGGUGACUACCUCAUGAAGCUGGUUCAGAGAACGCCAAGUGUGUGCAAAGCUGUCAUCAAGUCAAAGGGUGGCUACUUUUAUGUUUUGGUUACUACAUAAUUCCAAAGUGUUAUUUCAUAGUCUAUUAUUCUACAAUAAAGAGAAAUAAAAAAAUAAAGAUAAACCAUUGAAUGAGUAGGUGUGUCCAAACUUUUUGACUGGUACUGCAUAUACAGUAUGCGUAUGGUGGUUGGGUGGGUUUUCUGUAUAUGCACAUUAUGGUAGCAUUAAAAGCAUUUCUCUCUCUUGCAUGUAUACAAAAAGUACAAUCCAAGACUGUAUGCAAAUGGUUUUCCCCUCACAAAUGUGAUCCUUUCAAUGUAUUCACCAAUGUCAUUCAACAACGGUAUCUCCUUAGUUGCAUUGAUGUUGAUGUAUUAGUGUGGUGGCACUCCCACCUGGUGUCGUAAAGAGGUAUCACAGACUACAUAACGCUUGUAUGGGGGGAAAGGGGAAUACUUUAGGAAAUGGGAAAGGAAAAGGAAAGGGGGAUACCAAGUCAGUUGUACAACUGAAUGCAUUCAAUUGAAAUGUGUUUUCCGCAUUUAACCCAACCCCUCUGAAUCAGAAAAUGGUUUGGUCCAGCACUUAACGUAGCAGAUAUUAUCCAGGAUAUGCUAACUUCAUCCAUUGCAUUUGGGAAUGAAUCUCUCGUGCUAGCACUCAUUUACUGAGAAAAAUAUAAUAUGUAUCAUAACCACUGUAGCUGGAGUAAAAAAAUACACUGAAUUUGGUAUUUCUAUUUAUUAUGGAUCCCCAUUAGCUGCUGCCAAGGUAGCAGCUACUCGUCCUGGAGUCCAGCAAAAUGAAGGCAGUUAUAUACAAUUAAUAUUAUUACAUUACAUUUCACAACAUAUUUCUCAACACAUUAAGUGUGUGCCCUCAAGCCACUACUGUACUACCACAUAUCUUCAACACAAAAUCAAUGUGUACAUGUGUGUAUAGUGCAUAUGUUAUGUGUGUGUGUCUCUUCACAGCCCCUGCUGUUCCAGUUUUCCAUUUUUUAAAUCAGAUUUUACUGCAUGCACGAGUUACUUGUAGAAUAGAGUUCCAAGUAGGACUGACACUAUGUAGUACUGUUCACCUCCCAUAGUCUGUUCUGCCUCUGGUGGCAUGUCCCUCUUUGUGGCACCUGACCACACGACUGGACAGUAGUCCAGGUGCGACAAAACUGUAGCCUGUAGGACCUGCCUUGUUGAUAGCGACAUUUGUGUAAGUGUCGUACAUGUUGAAUGCCCUUAUGCCCUUCUCUAUAAGCAUGCUGAAAAUCUGUUGUUACUGUGAAAUAGCAUUAUAUCUGGUCAAACACUGUUUUUUUCAAAAGUUUACAAAGGGUCGGUAAUAGGCUGAUUGGUCGGCUAUUUGAGCCAUUAAAGGGUGCUUUGCUAUUCUUGGGUAGCGGAAUUACUUUUUCUUCACUUUUUUGUUGGCUUAGAUUGAAGAGAUGGAAAAUAGGAGUAGCAAUGUCAUCCACUAUCAUCCUCAGUAAUUGUCCAUCCAAUUUUGUCAGACCCAGGUAGCUUGUCAUUGUUGAUAGACAACAAUAAUGUUUUCACCUCUUCCACAUUCACUUUACGGAAUUUGAAAUUACAAUGCUUGGUCAGUUAUGCAUGGAUGUGUAGGUUCAGAAUUUGUUUUUGGCAUGUCAGGUUUGCUAAUCUUGCCAAUGAAAAAAUCAUUAAAGUAGUUGGCGAUA